AUGAAAUCAGUCAUUGUUGUUUCACUGGUGAUGUGUUUGGUCUUCGUCCAGACUGUAUAUUCGCAUAAUCACACGUCAGAUGAAAAGACAAACACACCAGCGACAAAUCCAUGGUUGGUAGCUUUUCAUACGACUGACAAAAUAUGUCGAAAGAUAUAUGAGAGAGUGUGUGCAUAUUUCGAAGAAGAUGAAUUGGGAAACAAAAUCGGAGUGGCCGUUUCAAUUUUGCUCAAACGCUUUUACAAGCGCAUUGAAUGA